AUGCGAUUAUCCUCCAUCUACUUCGGGCUUCUUCUCGCCUUCCUCAAUACCUUGCAGGUGACCGCCACCAGACUCAUCGAAUCUAGCGCCCUCAACCUCUGUCAAGAGACCAGCAACUUCACGGUUACAUACUUUAGUGUCGUAUUUACGCCCGGCAAUCGUUCGCUCUCCUUUAGCUUCGAUGGAGUGUCAGCAAUCUCCGGCUAUGUCAAUGCGGAAUUGCAGCUCACGGCCUACGGCAUCAAUGCCCUGUCGAUGAAAUUGGACCCAUGUAAAAUGGGUAUCGCCGGUCUUUGUCCUAUGAAUACCGGAGCCAUUGAUGUCCCUAAAGCCGCAAUGACCGUUCCCGAGUCUGUCAUCAAAGACAUCCCAGGAAUCGCCUAUACUGUCCCCGAUCUCGACGCCAGAGUGCGUAUCUAUAUCAACUCCACGGAGACCAACACUAGCAUCACCUGUAUGGAAGCAGCCCUCUCCAACGGUCAGACCGUUUAUCAAAAGGGUGUCGGCUGGGCAACCGCCGUCAUCUCUGGAUUAGGUCUGGCUGCCUCUGCCAUCACCUCGGGCUUGGGACACUCGAAUACCGCUGCCCAUGUCGCAGCCAACGCCCUGUCUCUGUUCAGCUUCAUGCAGUCUCAGGCCAUGAUUGGCAUGACAUCGGUGCACAUGCCCCCGAUCGUUGAAGCUUGGACGCAGAACUUCCAGUGGAGUAUGGGUAUCAUCCAUGUCGGCUUUUUGGAGGAUAUCUGUACCUGGUAUCAAAGAGCCACCGGAGGCACCGCCGCGACGCUUUUGUCGAGUUUGUCGACAACCUCGGUCGCAACCUAUAAACGCAGAAAGCGUUCUCUCGAGGAACAAGGCGUCUUCCGCCGAGCGAGCGGCUAUCUGAACUACAUGCGCAAGCGCGCGUCAGGGACCAGCAAGACGGCGACCGACUCUACUGUCAUUGUGCGAGGUAUCGAGCGCGUUGGCUUCACGGCCAAGAUCGAAUCGACAAACAUCUUCAUGACAGGUCUCAUUUUCUUCGUUGUCUUUGUUGCUUUGGUCAUGAUUCUCGUUGGCCUUUUCAAGCUCGGCUGUGAGCUAUUGGCCAAGCAUGGUAGGAUGAAGAGCAACAAGUUCCAGGACUUCCGCAAUGGCUGGAAAGUAGUCGCUCGUGGCAUUCUUUUCCGACUGACCCUGAUCGGCUUUCCCCAAAUGGCCGUUCUGUGCCUAUGGGAGCUCACCCAGCGGGAUUCUGCAGCAGAGGUGGUCCUGGCGGUUGUCAUGUUUCUGUCGAUUAUCGCUGCUCUGGGCUGGGCAGCCCUCAAGGUGCUACGCUUAGCGAAUCGGUCAACGGCGAUGCACAAAAACCCGGCUUAUAUUCUCUUUUCUGACCCGACCUGUCUGAACAAGUGGGGUUUCUUGUAUGUGCAGUAUCGAGCAACUGCAUACUACUUUAUUCUUCCCUUCCUGGGAUACAUCUUCGUUAAGGGCAUGUUUAUCGGCUUGAGUCAGCCGGCCCCGGUUGUCCAAACUAUCGCCUUGGUUAUUAUCGAAGCCUGCAUGCUUAUCGCUGUUAGUGUGCUGCGCCCGUGGAUGGACAAGAAGACUAAUAUCUACAACAUCGCCAUCGCUGCUAUCAACUUUCUUAACGUCAUCUUCCUCCUCUUUUUCUCGAACGUGUUCAACCAACCCGGCAUUGUCACUGGUGUUAUGGGUGUUGUGUUCUUUGUUAUCAACGCGAUCUUCGCCCUUGUGCUCUUGAUUAUGGUGCUUGUCGCUUCUAUCUAUGCCAUUGUAUCCAAGAACCCGGACACACGCUAUCAGCCGAUGAGAGAUGAUCGGGGGUCAUUCAUCAAGUCGGGCAGCCAGCUGACAACCGAAUUGGACGCUCUGGGUGCGACUGCGCGUGGUGACGUGAAGGAUUCGCCCUAUAAGUCCAGUCCUUUUGAGGAUGACAACGCCUCUUUUUCCAGCGGCAACGGGGCUAGCGUCAGCCGUCAGAACCUCGAAGCGCCCGACCCUUCGCCGAACCACGCAGCGCGCUCGCCAGCCUCCCCCGUGGACCCCUCGUUGCCGCUGUUCCCCAGCGACAACCGCAACGGCUCGCACGAUGCCAACUUUGGGCGAUCACCAUCGCCUGUCCCGCGUGGCUACACCUCAUCCCCAAUGCAAAACCCACACGCAUACCGCCAACAAAACAAUCCGAGUCCAUGGCAAAGGGGGGCAGGAUAUGAUCACUGA